AGGAGGCUGAAACGCGAAGGGGGCAGGAGCAGCAGCAGGAGCAGCAGGAGGCCGUGGCUGGACAAUGAUUGACGUGGAAAGUGAAAGGAGUGACUGAGUAACAAACUUCGGGGGAGAAAGAAAGUCCGAGGAGCCAAAUCCACCUCCUGAGUGUGUGUGUUAGCUGCUGUGUGUGUGUUUCAGCGCACACGGCACCAUGAGUCUGGACAAAGCAGAGCUGUGUGAUUCUCUGUUAACCUGGUUGCAGACAUUUCAGGUGCCGUCAUGCAACAGCAAGCAGGACCUAACAAGCGGAGUGGCCAUCGCACACGUGCUGCACAGAAUAGACCCCUCUUGGUUUAAUGAGACAUGGCUCGGCAGAAUCAAGGAGGAGAGCGGGGCCAACUGGCGCCUCAAGGUCAGCAACUUGAAAAAGAUUCUGAAGAGCAUGCUGGAAUAUUAUCACGAUGUGCUCGGUCACCAGGUGUCAGAUGAGCACUUGCCAGACGUGAACCUCAUAGGAGAGAUGGGAGACGUCACUGAACUGGGCAAGCUGGUGCAGCUCGUAUUGGGCUGUGCUGUCAGCUGUGAGAAGAAACAAGAGCAAAUCCAGCAGAUAAUGACACUUGAGGAAUCUGUCCAGCAUGUUGUGAUGACAGCCAUUCAGGAGCUCUUAUCAAAGGAGCCUUCAUCAGAACCAGGAAGCCCAGAGACCUACGGGGACUUUGACUACCAGUCCAGGAAGUAUUAUUUUCUAAGCGAGGAGGCAGACGAGAAGGAGGACCUGAGCCAGCGCUGCCGAGACCUGGAACAUCAGCUGUCGGUGGCUCUGGAGGAGAAGUCGACCCUACAGGCAGAGACGCGCUCCCUGAAGGAAAAGUUAAGCCGCUGUGACUCUCUGGACGCCUCCUCUACUGCCAUCACCGGCAAGAAGCUGCUGCUGCUGCAGAGUCAGAUGGAACAGCUUCAGGAGGAGAACUACAGGCUGGAGAACAGCAGGGAUGACAUGCGAGUGCGGGGAGAGAUACUGGAGUGCGAGGUCACCGAGCUGCAGAAACGAAACGAAGAGCUCACCAGCCUGGCGCACGAGGCCCAAGCCUUCAAAGACGAGAUGGACAUCCUCAGGCACUCGUCUGACCGGGUGAACCAGCUCGAAGCUCUGGUGGAGACGUACAAGAGGAAGCUGGAGGAUCUGGGAGACCUGCGCAGACAGGUGCGCCUCCUGGAGGAGCGCAACACCGUGUACAUGCAGCGCACCUGCGAGCUGGAGGAGGAGCUCCGCAGGGCCAACGCUGUCCGCAGUCAGCUGGACACCUACAAGAGACAGGCUCAUGAGCUUCACACCAAGCACUCAGCAGAGGCCAUGAAAGCUGAGAAAUGGCAGUUUGAGUACAAGAACCUUCACGACAAGUAUGACGCACUGCUAAAGGAGAAAGAACGUCUGAUUUCGGAAAGAGACACACUUCGAGAGACAAACGAUGAACUGAGGUGUGCACAGGUCCAACAGAGGUGUCUCAGUGGAACUGGAGGCUUGUGUGACAAUGAUGUCACAGUAGGAAACCUCGCUGCAGAGAUCAUGCCCACUGAGCUCAAGGAGACGGUGGUGCGUCUACAGAGUGAAAACAAGAUGCUGUGUGUCCAGGAGGAGACCUACAGGCAGAAACUAGUGGAGGUGCAGGCUGAGCUGGAGGAGGCUCAGCGCAGCAAGAACUCCCUGGAAACUCAGAACAGAUUAAACCAGCAGCAGAUCUCAGAGCUGCGCGCUCAGAUCGAGGAGCUCCAGAAAGCUCUCCACGAGCAGGACAGCAAGACUGAGGACUCCUCCUUACUGAAGAAGAAGCUCGAGGAACAUUUGGAGAAGCUCCAUGAAGCUCACUCAGAUCUCCAGAAGAAAAGAGAAGUCAUUGACGACCUUGAGCCCAAAGUGGACGGCAACAUGGCGAAGAAGAUAGAUGAACUCCAGGAGAUCUUGCGGAAGAAGGACGAGGACAUGAAGCAGAUGGAGGAGCGAUACAAGCGCUAUGUGGAGAAGGUGAGAACGGUGAUCAAAACCCUGGAUCCCAAGCAGCAGCCGGCGCCCGUGUCUCCCGACAUCCAGGCUCUGAAGAACCAGCUGACAGAGAAGGAGAGAAAAAUCCAGCACCUGGAGCAUGACUACGAGAAGAGCAGAGCCAGACAUGACCAGGAGGAGAAACUCAUCAUUACUGCCUGGUACAACAUGGGGAUGGCGUAUCAUCAGCAAGUGUCCGGCGAGCGUCUGGGGCCGUCUAACCAGGCCAUGUCCUUCCUCGCUCAGCAGAGGCAGUCCACCAACGCCAGGAGAGGCCUGAUGCGACACCACCCGAGAUAAGACGUCCAGACAGGAGACAACACGCUGGAUAGAAGCCUAGAGAAGACGAGGUGAUCCACAGUCACCUGUAUCUUUGCCUUAAAGCCUUCACUGGAUCACUGCACCUCAGAGUAUUCGUCAUGCUGCUGCUGCCCCCUGCUGGCUCUUAAUGGUAUGAAAAUGUUUAUUUUCCCAGCGGAGCCCUGGAGGAGACUUUUUUAACUCUGCUGUUAGAAUCAGAGUGAACUCACAGAAACAGAAGACCAGAGUAGAGGGAGUCAUUAAAGAGGCUGUCUCACCUUUUAAGGUGACUUUUAUUUCCUCUGUAGCCUCACAGACUUGAUCCUGUUUCUUUAAGGUAUGUUUUAAACCUUUUUUUUUUUGUCUUUUAUGUUAUACGGUAGGAUUUAAUGUGAUUUACAGUUCACACAUGUAGUCAGAGAGGAGUUAGUAGGGGUUUUACAUUUACUGCUGUAAGUGCUAAAGAAGACAUGAAGCCACACCGGCUUUAGACUGAACACUCAGCCGUCAGCACAUCUUCUUGGUUGUGUUUGUUUUGGAUUUUCUCAUAGCUUUUAUUUUUGUCGUCUUGACCAUGUGUUCUGAGUUUGAGCUUUUUUGUUUUAAUUAGAAGGAACUCAAAGCGAUGUAAAGACCGUGAGGGUGUGUUAGUGGCUUUAGUCUUUUUCACCUAUCGUAUUCACUUGAAUCAGUUUCUCUAAGCUUAAUUUUCAUGAUAAGAAUUAUUUGAAACACCAAAGCACUUUCCUGGAAGGUCGGGGUGUUUAGUGCCUCACUGAAAACUAAAAAUACUCCCUCGAUGGAUGAGACUGAAGUCUGAAGUAUUUGCAGUGUCAGCCCCCGUCUCCUCGUCUCAUUUGGCACAAGAAGGUUUUACUUAAAGAGGAACUGCAGUAUUUUUCAACCUGGAUACUAUUUUCCCAUGUUUUGGGGUCUAAGUAACUGAUGGGAACAGUGAUUUUUGAAACUUGUUUAGUAUCGAGAGAGAGCAGCUGGCAGCAGUGCACAGGCUCCAGUAUAACCACUCAGAGCAGGUGUGCUUUGUCACUUUACAGCCAUUUAAAGUGUUUGUUUUUGCCACUGACGGACUCAGAUUGUUACUGUGAGUGUCUGACAGCAUUAUGGAAAAGACCCUGAAGAGAAAUGAAAAGUUUGUUCCAAUCUGAUUUGUGUACAAGUCUUGCUAACGAGAAGUCUCGUCCUAAAAACUCACGAGAGGUGACAUGUUCUUGAAAGAAAACAAUGGAAUGAUGAGUUGGAGAGACGAGUGCUGGGAAGAGUUUGUUGUGUUAGAGGCCACGCACAUGCCGCGUCUAUAACCGCCUGGAAAAUGCAUGGUCGAGCACUGGGCGCUACUUUUGUGCCUUUUCUGUGCCAGCUUUCAAGAGUGUGGUGGCAGGUUGCGUCUGAGGUUGCUAAGCAACCUUAACAAGUACUGUAUCGUAGCCUGUUAACAUGAAAUCCUGCUGUUUGAAAUGCUAUUUGUGUGUAGGCAUAUCGUUGGUUGGGCAGAUGUUUGGCGCAAUGUGUUGGGCAAUUCAUUUGAGCGCAACAAAACGUGGCGUGAGUACAGAAAGCAUUUCUUACUCUUAUCUUAAAGAUUUAUCUGAAAAGAAAAGACUCCAUUACGAACGUUUCAGUUUUCGUCAGGAUCCUUUCUGUAAGGUUGUGAGACACUUAAUAACAAUCUGAGCCUGUCAGGGGCAAAAACAAACACUUUUACAGGACGCACCUCCCUCGAGUGAUUACAUUGUUCCUCCACCACUAGCUGCAGCGCUCUCACUCAAUACUGGACCUGUUUCAAACAUUGUUGUUCCCAUGAGUCACUCAGACACAAAAACACAGGAAAAAAGACUUCAGGCUGAAAAAUAACAAAGUUCUCCUUUGAAGAAUUUGUCUACUGCAGCCGUAUCUUAACAUGGCUGCUGAUAACGUGACACCUGCGUCUGAUUUUUCUUAAUAAUGCUCCCUUAAUAUGAAUUUUUUUUUCAUUCUCUUCCCAAAGAUUAAAACAGGGUGUUGGUUGUGGGCUGGACCUAAUUGCACUCACCACUUUAGACUGAUGUGACUUUAGGCUUUUAAACGCCUCCUAGUUUAUCACAAAGACUGGAAAAACCGAAACACAAAAUGUGAGUCCAUUAUGAUGAAAACACUAAUAAGGAUAAUGACUCAGCUAAUGGCUGUUUACCGCUGCUACACCUCAUUUACAGUUUGACCAAACUGGAAGGAAAUGUGCUCAUCAAUACGCUGGAAUCCUUUAGCUGUCUGCUGACAGGAAGUCGGAGGCGGUUUGAAGGUUAAGCCUCUAAUAGAUGGCACAUUCAUCAACACUACUUCUGCCUUCAUUCACUACUGGUUUGUUUUUCCCUUCAACAGAUGUUAUUUUAGUCUGUCCCAUAUCAGAGCUGCUGUUUUGACGACUUGUUCUUAGUUCCUGUAAAUGUUUGUGCUAUGGACCACUCAGACCAGAACCUGCUGUUGUGUUCACAUUUUUAUUUUUACUCAUGUUUCAUUGUUUGAGUUUAUAUUUAUGGUGUUAUGUCACUAUCUCUGCUGCACAUUUGCAUGGCUUGAAGGGUUCAACAUUUAGGUUGUUUGUAUCAUGUAAUGGUCUAGUAGGUUAUAGCAUAGCGUACGUCACACAGGGAUCUGAGGCAAGAUGUGUAGCUCUGUCCGCUCUACUUUGCACUACAAAUAAACAGGAUGGUAAGAUAAGAAAUGGUUGUCUGGUGUUUUCUUUGUAAUACAUUUAAAGUAAACUGAAGAACCGUUUACCCAACUGAGACAUUUACAAAGGCAUCUCCAGAAGGAUCUGAGAAAGAAGACUGACCCAGGUUUUAUCACCUUGGUCCGUCCUGUGGUUACACUUUAAUUAUGUCAUGAUCUAAAGGCCAAACUGGUGAGUCACACUUCUCACGUCCUUUGUGCGACGGCCUGAACAGUUUGAGUGAAAUGUGAGAGCAUUGUUCAUCUAUCACACCACUCUCUACAGGCACGGCUCAAACACUUGAUAACCAGCGUACCUAAAUCUGUCUCACCAACAAUUAAUCAGUAAACAAAAUCCUGUAAAAUGGUUUACAUGAUGGAUAAAAACAGUACUGAACUGUUUAAUUGCUUUUAAUUUGACACAUUGUGUAAACUGUGUUCUCAGUGUAUCCUAAACUUCAAAUGUAGCUGAAAUUAGUUCAGUAAAUUGGAGGCUAUUAACUCUGAAGGGAACAGGUCAAAUGUGGUGGAUAACAGCUGAUACUGAUUUAUCAUACAAUGAAAGAGAAAAGGUGAAAUGUUUUCUGUUGUAAUGUUGCAACAUGUUUAUGUGAUUCAAGUAUCAAACUGAAUUGUAAUUAACAAAAAAAUUGUCGUACUAUUCCGUAGAAAUUUCAAUCUAUAAUUGAGAUUAGAGACUGUCAUACAACAGUCCUAUUUAAUAUAAUAAUUUUCAAAAGUCAAAGAAAAUCAUAGUAUAGCAUGUGAUAAAGAAGCAUAGUAUUGUAUGUCAUAAAAAACUGUAUAAAAAAAAAGUAUAAAGUGUAAAAAAAAAAUAAAAAAAAUCAUAACAGUAUGCCAAAAAAUCUUCUAAAAAAUGUCAUGAAAAAAAGUCACGGUAUAAAUGUGCUAAAACAUGCUAAGGUAUGUUUUUAAAAAAAAGUCAUAGUAUAGUGUGUGUGAUUUAAAAAGUGUCAUUAAAGAAACUAAAAAAACAUUUAAAUCGUGUUUUAAAUGAGAUUAAAUGACUAAAUCAUACUAAGUAUGUCAUUAAAAAAAUAGUAUAUGUCACAAAAUAUAUAGUAUAGUAUGUGAUUUUAAAAGUCUCAUUAAAUAAACUCAAAAAAUAGUACUGUAUGUCAUAAAAAAAAAACUGUUAAAAGGUUAAAAAAAAUGUAAGAACAAGGGGGAGCCCUUCUGUGUGGAGUCUGCAUGUUCUCCCAGUGGUUCCCAGGUCCCAGUGCAGAUUAACUGGUGACACUUAAUUGUCUGUAAGUGUGAGGGUGAGUGGUGGUUAUCUGUCUCUGUGUCAGCUGGGAUUGGCUCCAGCCCCCCCGCGACCCUCAACAGAAUUUACGGAAAAUGAAUGAAUGCCCCCGCCCUCUUAGUGUCUCAGUGUGUUUCACCUGUGUCCUAAUGUGUUUCAUCUGUGUCUCAUUGUGUUUCACCUGUGUCUUAUUGCCUCCCCUGUAUUAAGAGUAUUUAGGUCCCUGUCUUCCCCUCCUUUGUUGCCAGACUUUCUUCACCUUUGACCACCAUUGAUGCCUGUUGGUCUGGAUACCGUUGCCUGUGUAACUGAUUACUCUU